AAUAGAACGAAGUACGAACGAAGGGAACCGCAAGUCUGAAGCUUUGAACUGCGAAAGGUCGAAGGAAAUACAGAACGAAAUUACAAACGAACUACGAAGGGGACCUGUGGUCUGCGGAGUGCCGAGUGCGGAAUACCGAAGACGGGAAGAAAAAGCCGCCGACGACCGCCGCCAGCCAGCCCCAGGCUCCAAGCCUCCAGCCUGCCACCACCGCGCCACGCAGCGACGCCCCGCUUGACCGCCUCCAGUCUCCAGGACCACGACCGCACCAGUCCGGCAGUCCACUGUCCACGCUAGGCCUCUACCCGCAGUGACCCGGUCCCCAUUUUCUCAGGACUGGCCCUGCCCUCGGUCCACCCAUCGAAAACACAUCACGACGCUGUACUUUGUUUUUCAUAUAAAUAAAGGUUUCCCGUUCAAUUUUGAUAAUCUUCAAUAAUGGCCUAUGCUCAAAUUGGUAGAAAUGUCAUCCGCCGCCAGCUUUCUGUUCCGGACAGAGGGAUCCACCAUCCAUUGUUCUAUGCCGCUCAAGGGCUCCGCUACAGAAAAUUGGAAGUUAUUCUCACUAAUAGCAUUGAGAAGCUUGGGAAAGCAGGUGAUACGGUCAAAGUCGCACCUGGUUUUUUCCGGAACCAUCUGAUGCCAAAGUUGCUUGCUGUCCCUAACAUUGAUAAGUACAGGCAUCUUCUCAAAGAUCAGAGCAAGAUUUACCAACCCAAAGAAGAUGUAAAGGUUAAUGUGAUUCCACAAACAAACGAAGAUAAGAUGAAAGAAUACCAGGCAGCAGCCAACCGCCUUGAUAGAACUGUGGUGGUUGUGAGGAAAUUCAUCAAAGUUGACAAUGAGAUACGGGAACCCGUAACUAAAGAAGAAAUUGUAGCAGAGGUUGCAAGACAGCUUUCAGUUAGCAUAGAACCUGAGAAUGUGCACUUGCCCUCUCCCUUGUCAUCUUUGGGUGAGUUUGAAGUGCCACUGCGCCUGCCUAGGUCCAUCCCUCUGCCUGAGGGGAAGCUUCAUUGGGCUCUCAAAGUCAAAAUCCGGAGAAAAUAAAUGUUGGGUGUCACCGACUGUCACACCUCAUCGAGUAUGCUAAAAUAUAUGUCUGUAGAGGAAGUCGCUAAGAGACACACCAAUGAGUAUCGGGAAUCAUUAUGGCUUUCUCAUGAAUGAACUUGCUUGAUGGCAAUCUGAUACAUAAGGGUGCAUGACACAGAACCGAAUAGUGAGUGCAUCUAUUUAAACGGUUCUAGAGAUUUUUAUCCCGAACUAAAGCCAUACUGCACCGUUUGAAACGGGGACAAGACCGGUUUUAGAUUUUGAGAAACGAAAAAUAUCGAACCAGACCGUACUAAAAUAAUUUAUUUGAGAUUUUUUCUAUAUUUUCCAUCCAUAUAAAUCUCUUAUCCUGACCAACAAUUUUUUAGUCAAAGUAUGCUUUCAUUCGUCCUUAAAGUAGC